ACAAAUUUAUUUUUUUUAAAAAAAAAAACUCUGUUUUCUCAAAAGGCUCUGUUUUCCCCUGUUUUUUUCUUCUUCUAAAAAAAUUGAAAUGGGUAGCUGUACAUCAUCACCAUUGAUGACAAAACAAAGUGGAAGCGUAAUGAAUUUGCCAGUUACAAAAGUAGCCAUGGUGAUUCAAAUGAACGGAAAACUUCAAGAAUUCCGGCAGCCCAUUACCGCCGGCGAGAUCCUUGUCCAAAAUCCUGAUUUCUUCCUUUGUAGCUCAGAAGCCAUGAAUGUUAAUUCAUUAGUUCCUCAAUUGGCUAAAGAUGAAAUCUUGCAGCUUGGUCAGCUUUAUUUUCUUUUGCCGGUUUCUAAAUUACAGACCCCAUUUUCACUUCAAGAUAUUUGUGUACUUGCUGUAAAAGCAAGCACAGCUCUUAAUGAUUAUUUUAAUUUGUCCACUAUAGUGGACGGAUCGUCAAGAAUUCUAACAAGGAGAUUCAAGAAAAUGCACGAUUGUCAUGCUAAGGAUUUGAACCUGAGAAGUAAAGUUUUUGAGUCAUCUUUGCCACUACAGUAACAAGUUUUUCUUCCAGGAGAUUCAAAAUUUAUAUACAGCUUUUCGUGUCAUAUGAUUGAAAAUGAGCAAAGAUGUCUGUGGAAAGUUAUAUGUAUUUUUUUUUUCGAUUUAAUCAUUAGGUAUUCGCAACCCACUUCUUGAUUACUAUGAAUUUCUUUGGGUAAGCAUGCUAAGGAAAAAUGCGUCCUUAUCAAGAAGUUCGUUAUUUUACGACAUCUACUUAAAAAACGAAGAGAUUUUAUAUUUUGUAAGGGUGAAUUUAAAUAGUUAGUGAAUGUGAAAAGAAGAAGAAAUCAUUUUAUAUUUGGUAUUAAUACUAGCAUGUAGAUCUGUAUAUAUGUUGUAAUAGAAUGGAUGGUUGGCAUUUCCACGUGUCUACAUUGUAACACAUAAA